UGAAAUGGCGACCCAUACUCAUGCAACAAAUGUAGACAAGAUCUUUGGUCCAAGGUGUCUUCGUCACAGAACAAAACUAUUACGUAACAAAUAAUCUUCUAUACAAUAAAUGGCUGCAAUUUUUUACAUUUUUAUUUUUCAGAGCACCUUCAUUUUCUCUCAGAAAAAAAAUCACCAUUACUCUAAUUUUCUCAUGUUCUUGAAGUCUAAGAGACCAUGCUAAGAUCCUCUAAUUUAUUUCUCAUCUUCUAUACAAUAGUAUUUUGUUUUACUGCAGGCAAUAUUGAAGCACAAAGUGGUCAGCUUCCUAAAGAUGAAGUGGAAGCUCUUAAAGAAAUAGCUACUCAAUUGGGGAAAAAGGACUGGGAUUUUAAGCAAAACCCCUGUGAUGGGAACUCAAAUUGGAGCACACCGAAAAGGAAUGAUAUGCCUCUGUAUAACAAUACCCUUGUCUGCAAUUGCACUUCCCCGGAUGGUCUUUGCCAUGUACAAAGCAUAUUUCUCAAAGGACAGGAUCUUGCAGGUGUCCUCCCUGCAUCUCUGGCGAAGUUACCGUAUCUGAAGAAAAUUGAUUUCAACCGCAACUUCUUAAGUGGUACAAUUCCCCCUGAAUGGGCGUCUACCAAGUUGGAAUUCAUGGUUAUUUCUACUAAUCGGUUAGCUGGGCCAAUCCCAGAGUACAUAGGAAAUAUGACCUCACUUACGGUUAUGAGUUUGGAAACAAAUUUGUUUAAUGGAUCGUUUCCAGCAGAAGUAGGGAAUCUGGUCAAUUUACAGAAUCUCGUUCUCAGUGCUAAUAAUUUCACAGGAGAGUGGCCAGUGGAACUGAAUAAUCUGACGAAAUUGAUUGAACUUAGGAUGAGCAGUAACAGCUUUGUUGGGAAACUGCCCAAUUUUGAGAGUUAUAAAAAUCUCCAGAUGUUAGAGAUUCAAGGUUCUGGAUUUGAAGGACCAAUUCCACCAAGUGUUUCUAAUUUCACCAGUUUGACUGAACUAAGAAUCAGUGACCUGAAGGGAGGUACUUCAGAAUUUCCACCACUUAGAAACAUGACAGGCAUGACUAAAUUGGUUUUGAGAAGCUGUAAUAUAGACGGGAUGAUUCCUGAUUUUGUAGCUGAUAUGAGCGAAUUACGGUUUUUAGAUCUGAGUUUUAACAAGCUUGAAGGAGGGAUUGCAAAUAUCGAAAGCCUGACUAACUUGGAGGCCACGUAAGUCAGAAUGAUACGAAGAUUCCUAUAACUA